AUGGCAGAAAACCGACAAUCGCGUCAAAAAUAUCGGGCGAUAACCAAGUCGAUAUUGGCUUCUUUCGCCUUCUUUGAGUUAUCUUACUUGAUUACCGGUGUAUUUAUAUUGGUUCUUGGUGCCAUGUGGUUCAUGACGGAGGGCACAAAUUUACAUAGCAUAGUGAUAACGGAAAAUUUAAUUGAAGGUGGCUUCGUUGUUGGCGGAUUGAUUAUGGUAUCAUUCUUCGUGGCUCUGGUGGGCUUCAUCAGUCCUCUGAAAAGAAAGAAUUGGUUGAUAGCGCAUUCGUUUUUCAUCGUUUUAACUUCUAUGGCCCUAUUGACAUUGGGUGGAAUCAUUUGGUUCGAAACGUUGAUUGAACGAAAGCAUUUCACGGAGGAAUGGCUCGAGUGGCCAACUGCCAUGAAAGCGACCCUUCAAGACCAGUUGGGUUGUUGCGGGUGGACUGGUCCAUCUGAUAACGCGGUGACUUCUAAUUUGUGUAACGCACAAACGAACAUGAGUUCAACCCAAGGGUGCAUCAAUCUCGUAAUAACGUCGGCUGAUAAAACAUCUCGAAAGUUAUUCACCACGCUGUUUGGCUUUAUAGCUGUCGAUAUAUUCCUAUUGUUGGCUACGAUCGUAUUGAUACAAGCGAGAAAUCUCGAGGAAAGAUAUCAAAAGAUCGAUGAGAAAAACAGCAGUUUUGUGGAUAAUGCAUUGAAGAGGCAAUAUGUUUGA